AUGACAGCUCAAGUCGGAAGUGUAGUCACAAUGGAAUGCAUGGCAGAAGGUCAACCUAAACCAGUUAUAACGUGGUAUAAAGACAAGCAAAGCGUACCACUCCACGGACAUCGUUCAGUUGUUAAUAAUGGUUCUUUAAGAAUUGUUGGUGUUUCAUCAGACGAUGAUGGUCUGUACCAUUGUGUGGCUUCUUCAAGUUUGGGUGAAGAUUUCUCACCUCCUGCAUUGUUACAAGUUCAGUUAGAUGGCCAGUGGUCAAGCUGGUCUUCUUGGUCAGAAUGUAGUCAGACAUGUGGGCACGGAACACAAUCAAAAACUCGAACAUGUACAGAUCCAGCUCCAAAGUACGGCGGAGCUCAUUGUUUUGGAGAAACUACUGAAAUUCGUGCAUGUUUAGUAUCAUUUUGUCCAACGGAUGGUGAGUGGGGCAGCUGGACACCAUGGUCAGCCUGUACAGCUACAUGUGGUGCAGGUUUAUCCCAAAGAAGAAGACGUUGUGACAGUCCGCCACCAAGUAAUGGUGGAAGGCCAUGCGUUGGUGAAGCUGUUGAGGAUGUGAUGUGUGAAGGUUUGCCGCCUUGCCCAGUUGCUGGUAGCUGGUCACCGUGGUCACCGUGGUCAGAAUGUUCGUCUACCUGUGGAGUCGGAGGAACCCAAAAUCGCAGACGAACAUGUGACAACCCACCACCAUCAAAUGGUGGUAGGUCUUGCCCAGGACAAGAACUCAUGGUACGUGCUUGCAAUCGCGGUCCAUGCCCAGUGAAUGGAGGAUGGGGAAAAUGGAGUCCUUGGUCUCAUUGUUCACACAGUUGUGGUGGUGGACAACGUCGGCGUACUCGUAUAUGUGAUAGCCCAGCCCCAGCAUACGGAGGUGAAGACUGCCCACCAACAGGUAGUACGGAAACUUCAGAAUGUCAGUCCGAACCCUGCCCAAUUCACGGAGAUUGGUCAAAUUGGUCAUCAUGGUCAGCUUGUUCACGUACCUGUGGGGUUGGAUUACAGAAUAGAGAACGUGAAUGUACACAACCUCAGCCUCAGUUUGGUGGACGUUUGUGUCGAGGAUCAGCGAAAGAAAUCAGGACAUGUGAGGUACUAAAACGGGGCAGUUCAGGUUUCUGUCCAGAUUCAGAGCAAACACGAAUUCCUACUUGGUCAGAGUGGUCUUCGUGGUCAGACUGUGAACCAGACUGCUCUUCUAAUGAUCAGGUACCAGACGUAGGUGGAAUAAAACGACGUGAACGAACAUGCACAAUUUUAUUAGCUGAAAAUGAUUUAACUGGAAGUAGUUCAGUCCUACCAUCUCAUGGAUGUCCAGGUCCAACAGAAGAACUUCAGGACUGUACACUUGAAUACGGUGCACAAAGAUGUCAGCACACUUUACUCGGUGUCAACAAGGGAAUGCUAACAGGAACCAUUCGAGGUCAACUGAACAAUCAAGAUUUAGGAACAAUACGUCUAAAUGCUAGUUGGUCUAAUUUUGGUCCAAAUCGUCCUACUAGCUAUGAAUUUUAUCUGUACAAUGUACCAGCAGAACGUAGUCAGUGUUUGCAGGCUUUAACUGAAAUUUACCUACCGGGUAUUUGGUAUGCGGCACAAGAAGUUUCUGGUGCAUCUAAUGGUCACACCGUGAUGGGUACAUCGAGUAGAAUAACUUGGGAAUCUGUCGGUCAGUUUGCAGAUGGAAGUGUACUACAAAUGAGUCAACGAGUAUUACGAGCAAAUGACUCAUCUGUAACAUCUCUGGGAGAUUUUACGGUUCAGUUGACAACUGACAUUCAUCUGUCUGGAUCAUGUUCAUUUUCUUUAAUUGACUCGAAAACAACAUCUAACCCAGAAGUUGGAUUGCAUGAUUUCCAUGAAAAUUUAGUUCAGUUAACUCCUCAUAAAGGCAGUUUACAUGGUCAUUCAUCCAGAGCAUUUACAGUAUAUAACUUGGAAAGAGAAAAGUCUCAAAUGGAACCUUAUUCAUGGACCUCUACAAUUCAAAUCGCUCCAGAGAGAAGACAGAAUUAUUUAACUCAAGAACUUCAAGUGGAUGGUUUGGAAAAUAAGGCUGAUUUACAAGCUGGACAAAUACAAUUUCAUGCUGAAAGUGUUAUUAAAAAACCGAUAGGUCCUGAAGUUUGUCCAUCUGGAUUUGAAAUACAUCAGGCUAGGAUAACUGGACCAGCAGUUAGAUUACAUAGUAGGAGAGAUUACUGUAGAGAUGUAGAUGAAUGUGCUUAUCCAAAUUUAAAUAAAUGUGAUCAUUUGUGCAAAAAUACAGUGCCACAUUAUACAUGUAAAUGUCGAACUGGUUACCGUUUAUCUGUUGAUGGACAUUCUUGUAUUGAUGUUGACGAGUGUGCGAUACUUGGUAGCAAUGAAACUUUGUGCCCCAAUGGACAUAAAUGUAUAAACACACCGGGAAGUUACGAGUGUAAACAAGUUUGUGCGCCUGGUUUGAAAGAAAAUUCCAUUGAAGACCGUUGUGAAGAUGUCGAUGAAUGUCAAAUGGAGCCAAGUAUUUGUGGACUACAUACUUGUAUUAACACGUUUGGUGGUUAUCACUGCGUAUGCUUACCAGGUUAUAGACGCUUUGGUGAAAUUUGUCAAGAUAUUGAUGAAUGUUUAUCUGGGGCCUAUCAGUGUCGUGAAAAUGAACGAUGCAUAAAUAUACCAGGCAGUUUUCGUUGUCAGCCUGCAUGUCCUCAAGGAUAUCGCGCAAUUGGUAGUCCAGAAUCAAAUAUUGUUGAGUGUGUAGACAUUGAUGAAUGUGCAGUUGGUUCAUUCCAGUGUCCUAAUGGAGCAAGGUGUAUCAACGAACCGGGAACGUAUAGCUGUCGCUGUCCAAACGGCCAAGAAGCUGGAACUCAAGGAUGUGAUAAUCGACGUGAUGCAGUUUGCAAUGAAGGAUUUCAAUGGAAUCGCGAAAAAGGUUGUAUUGAUAUUGAUGAAUGUAAUCCAACAUUUGGCUCAAACCCAUGUCAGUAUCAAUGUGUAAAUACGUAUGGCGGGUAUCGUUGUGAUUGUCCAUUAGGGUAUGAAGUAGAUCGUCGAACGAAUUUAUGCAAAGAUAUAAAUGAAUGUAAUUUAGGCAAUCCUUGUAGAUCGGAUGAAGUUUGCUUAAAUCUUCCAGGAAAUUAUACAUGUGUUCAACAAAGGUGUCCAGAAAAUUAUAUUUUCGAUAAAAAAUCUAGGUCUUGCAGAAUACGAUGUACUGACUCUAAGUUGACUUGUCCCCAUGGGGCUAUGUUUGCUGACACAGUGGAAUAUCUAAUUGUUAGUCUCCCACCACCCGAAUCAUUUCGUGUUACUGGAUCACGAAUAAUGCUUCGUGUUGUUGACUGGCAUCAAGUCCAACAGUCGAACUGUUAUUAUCAACUACUGGACAAAGCACCUAACACACCAGUCAAUCAUCGAACUGAAGAUGGGGUUGUUUAUCUAACACCAAACUGGAGUUCAAACACAACUUCGAACUACACACGUGAACGAACACUUUUAAGCGCACAUAUUGAAGAAGCAACUAAUGAAACCAAUAUAUAUGGUAAAGAAAAAAAUUAUGCUAAAUCUGACCAAUUAUAUUAUCUAUUUUUCCGAGUUUCAUGCUAUGAAGAAGAUUCCACUCUAUUAUCGUUGCCAUCUGCAACUGCAUCAGGACCUGUAGCAGAAACCUUUACAACAGGAUCUAAAGAAACAAAUGUAACACCAAUUCCUCCAUCUGUCAAUGCAGCAUUUAUCACUGCGCCUACUUCCAAUGUUAAGGAUUAUAAUACUGGCAAUGAGACAUGGUUUGUUAAUACUUUGUGGGAUAUCAAUAAUCAUAAUCAACCUAAUAGGAAAUAUAAACUAGUGUUCCAACAUUCAUUUUAUGUCUACAUUUCAGUAUCAAAAUAUCCAUUUUAGGUAAAAGAAAAACUACAAUCAACAUUUUCAUACCAUAUAAACAUGACGUAACAGUUAUGCUUUAUACAACUUCCUCUUUAUUUCUGUCUAUCUAUCAGUCUCCCUCUCUUCGUUUUCCAAAUACAUUUAAUACGACUGGUGCUAUCAGCGCACAACUUAUAGUACUUUUUGAAGUUUCUAGUUAUUUGUAACGC